CUACGCAAAGCUUCUUCUUGAGCUUUUGUCUUUGGUCAUCAAUGGAAGCUUCUCUACCCGAAGAAGUGUUUCAGCCGCUGCUACAAGCUUCGGAUUUAUCAUACUCUCUAGAAGAUUGUUUGAAGUUUCUUCUAGAGUCUUCCAAGACUGAUUCAGGCCGCUCCGAUCUCGCUUCCAAGGCUAUCCUUCCGUCGAUCCUCCGUCUUCUUCAGCUUCUUCCUUACCCAUCUUCCCGCCAUUAUCUAAAUCUCUCUCUGAAAGUCCUCCGAAACCUAUGCGCCGGCGAGGUUUCGAAUCAGAACUCUUUCGUCGAUCACGACGGUUCUGUUAUCGUCUCCGAGUUGCUUGAUUCCGCCAUUGCAGAGAAAAUCACGGAUUUCGAGACUGUUAGGUUCGGAUUGCAGGUUCUAGCGAACGUUGUAUUGUUCGGAGAGAAACGUCAGAGAGAUGUGUGGCUCCGCUUUUUCCCGGAGAGGUUCUUAUCAAUCGCUAAGAUUAGGAGGCGUGAAACCUGUGAUCCUCUGUGUAUGAUUUUGUAUACUUGCUUUGAUGGAAGCUCAGAGAUUGCUUCAGAGCUUUGCAGCAGCGAAGGGCUCACCAUCAUCGCUGAAACUCUACGGACUUCAUCUUCCGUUGGGUCUGUGGAGGAUUAUUGGCUCAAAUUACUGGUUUCGAGAAUCUGUGUUGAAGACGAUUGCUUCCCCAAGCUCUUCUCCAAGUUAUACAAAGUUGAAACGGUACUAAAUGCUGAAAAUGAGAAAUUUACAUCAGAGCAAGCCUUUCUUCUGAGGAUGGUGUCUGAUAUUGCAAAUGAGCGGAUAAGAAAAGUGUCAAUCCCCAAGGAUACAACUUGUUCGAUUCUCGGAUUAUUUAAGCAAUCAGUUGACGUUUUCGAUUUUGUUGCGGGUGAAAGAUCCGAGCUUCCAACGGGUUCAACUAUAGUAGACGUGAUGGGCUACUCUCUGGUGAUAAUAAGGGAUGCUUGCGCUGGAGGAAGCCUUGAAGAACUCAACAAGGACAACAAGGAUUCAGGUGAUACUGUUGAGUUGCUCUUGUCCUCUGGACUAAUAGAGCUCCUCCUUGAUCUGCUUCGCAAACUUGAUCCUCCAACAACUAUAAAGAAGGCUCUAAACCAGAGUCCUACUUCUUCUUCUUCUUCUUCUUCAUUUAAGCCCUGCCCUUACAGAGGAUUCAGGAGAGAUAUUGUGUCGGUGAUUGGGAACUGCGCAUACAGAAGAAAAAAGGUACAAGAUGAGAUCAGGGAGAGAGAUGGGCUCGUCCUAAUGUUGCAGCAGUGUGUGACUGAUGAUGAGAACCCGUUCUUGAGAGAAUGGGGCUUGUGGUGUGUGAGAAAUUUGCUGGAAGGGAACCCAGAAAACCAGGAGGUGGUGGCUGAGUUGGAGAUUAAAGGCUCUGUGGAUGUGCCUCAACUCCGUGAAAUUGGUCUCAGAGUUGAAAUUGAUCCUAAAACAGCCAGGCCAAAGCUUGUCAACGACACCUGAAGCUUCUUUGCCAUGGCUGAUGCAAUCUAUAUAUGUGUUGUUUCCUUAUACAUGAUUUCUUAUUCU